CGAAGCCGACAGUCACGUUCACCCUGCGCGGCGAUUGGACGACCCCCGGAGGGAGAAGGCGGGCCAAUGUUGUGGAAGGGGUGAAAGUCGUUGGUGUUUACUAGGCGUGAGCUUCCCCAGCCUCACAAGCCUCCGGAGCAAUGGGGCUGAGGAAGAAGAAUAAGAGCCCGCCAGUCCUGAGCCAUGAGUUCGUUAUCCAGAACCACGCGGACGCCGUGUCCUGCCUGGCCAUGGGCCUCCUCUUGGGGCUCAUGUUCGAGGUUACAGCCAAAUAUGCCAUUAUGUUUAUUACUGUUCAGUACAAUGUUACAUACACCACAGAUGAGAGGCCUGAGCCGGUACAUUUCUAUGAGUAUGGUCCAAAAGACGUGGCCACCAUCUUUUUCUACAUGCUUAUAGCCAUUAUUCUUCAUGCAGUGAUUCAGGAAUACAUACUAGAUAAAAUUAAUAGACGUCUCCACUUGUCAAAAACAAAACAUAGCAAAUUCAACGAAUCAGGGCAACUAGCAGUUUUCUACUUGUUUUCAUUUGUCUGGGGAGCCAGUAUUUUGUCUGCAGAAGAAUUCACAACCAAUCCAACUUUAUUGUGGAAAGAUUACCCUCAUUCUCGAAUGUUUUUUCAGGUUAAAUUCUUCUAUAUCUGCCAAAUUGCCUAUUGGCUUCAUUCACUGCCAGAACUGUACUUCCAAAAGAUUCGAAAGGAAGAUAUUCCUAGACAGUUGUACUACAUCUGUCUUUAUAUUGUUCACAUAUCCGGUGCCUACGUUUUGAAUCUGCAUCGUUUGGGCUUAAUUUUGCUGGUACCGCAUUACCUCGUGGAACUUAUUUUUCAUGCCUCACGCCUUUUCUACUUCAGCGAUGAGAAUAAGCAGAAAGGAUUUACCCUCUGGGCUCUACUGUUCAUAUUGGCUCGCCUUCUGACUCUAACUUUGUCAGUGCUCACAUUUGGAUUUGGUCUGGCAAGAGCAGAAAAUCCUGGCUUUUCCAUAGCAGAAGGAAACUUCAACAUACUAACUCUUAGAAUUAGCUGUCUGGCUGCAAUUUGUUUGACCCAAGCUUGGAUGAUGUGGAAAUUCAUUAAUUUCCAAUUAAAGAAAUGGAGGGAGCAUAUUCAGAACCAAAUUCCUAAGAAAACCACAAACAUAAAGGUUAAGACAACAAGGAAAGAAUCAUGCAAAGCUAACUUCGUCAAUGGAGCAGUAAAAUUUGAAGAGGGUACAUCACCUAGAAAAAGAAAAUCAAAAAUGUUAUGAGGAGCAUAGAACCAGAAAGCAACCUUUUAAUUGAAGACUUUGGUGAUUAAUGGAAAUGUUCCAUUACCAGAGACAGAGUAUUUGGCUGUGUUCACUAAAGGACUCUGGUUGAAAUAAUAUAUUUUAAAAAUUCAUCAAAACAAAGUUAUGGUGAGAAUACUGUACUUCAACAUGAGUUUUAGUUUAUUUAACCUAGAUGCUCAAUCUCCACUAUUAAUUUCAGCCUUUGAAAAAUUAUUUGUCUUACUCUUGAAUGUAAGUACAAAUCCUUCAAUGCUAUGGAAGGUUUAUAAAUCAGACAUUGCUUUUAUUUGAAGCUUUAAAAUAUAAUUAAUAUUUCAUUUAAGUAUAAAGCUUUUAGAAACUUUAAUUUCUGGACUCAGAUGGGAAGUUGUGAUAGGGGUUUUUCAUUUUGUUUUUAAAGAAAAUGUUUUGCACACUAUUCUCAAACUGUCUGAAAUGUCUGUUCAGAAGUAAUUCCACAUGAUUUUCCUAUUUUAAAAGUUCAUAAUUUGGAUAACUAUGGUUAAACAUAGUGUUUAAGGAAAGAGAAUAAAAUCAAUGAAUAUCUUCAUCUUGGAAAACUGCUAGUUCAUUUGAGGCUACACUGUGUAUUUGAAAAUGACUGUCAAGGCAGUCUAUUAAGGCAGAUUUUGCUGAAUUGGUCUCCUGAAUUACCUAAUAC